AUGAGUUCUUUCUCACCUAUGUUAGCCUAAGCUUCAACCAAAACAGGAUUUAUCGGUAAUUUUGAAACUGAAUUAUUUGCAUAACAAAAAAAUACUUAAUUAAGAGCUUAAAGAAUGUAAUAGGUAGAAUAGAAAAUUAUUAAUAGAUUCGUAAAUAAGAGACAGAUCUAACAAAAAUGAAGAUUCAACAAUAAUAAUCAUAGUAAUAAAAAUAGAUGGAGGAAGAAAUGAAAAAAUAAAAAUAUUAAGAAUAUUUAUAAAAAAAAGCUUAAAUUGAAUAAUUAGAGCAAGCACGUUAAUAAACGAUACUUGAAUAAUAACGACAAGCUAGAGAAGCUGAAGAAUAUAGAUAAAGGGAAUUAGAAUAAUAGUAGAAAAAGUUAAAAAUGUAGUAAUAUUAUGAAGAGUAAGCAUAAAAAAGAUUUCAAGAAGCACGUGAAUGGAAAAAAUAAUCAUUUUUAGAAACAUCAUAAGGAAAGGCACUAGAAGUAUAAAAUUAUAGAAAAGAAGCAUCAAAUAUUGAAAAGGAAAAAGAAGCUUAAGCUGUUGCUAUUUACAAAGAAACAACUAAAAAUAAAAUAUUAUCUACAUUUUCAUAAGAUUUAGAAAGUUAUGAAAAAUUUGAUAAAAACAUUUCUCGUAGAUAAAUUUUAAAACCUGAGGAUUUUGCGAAUACGUGUUUUCAUAAUCCUUAAGUAGUUAAACAUGAUUUAGAUUAAGAAAAAGAAAACGCUAUGGAAAAAGCAAAUUAAACAAUGAUUGAAACAUAAGCAAUGCUUUUGGAAUAGGCAAGAAUAAAAAGAGAACAAGAAAGAAUAUAAAAACAAAGAUGUUAAAAAGCAUUUUCUAAAGAGAGAUAAAUUAAAGUCUUAGAAUAAUUAGAAUAAGAAACAAAAUUUAUUAAAAAACAAGAAAUAAUAUAAUUAUAAAAAACUAAACCUCCAACUAGAAAACCAAAAUCUGAAAAAAACCAUUAAAAAACAUUGAUCUCAGAAUUUGAAAAAAUGUUUAAUUGCAAUAAUUCUUCUAUUGAAAUCAGAGAUCACAGAGUUAGAUCAAAUUCUCCUAAAAAAUCUUUUACAACAAAAAAUAAAGAUAAAUAAAGGCCAAAAUCAGUAAAGAUCUUUACCAAAGCUCCCCUAGAUACUAAUCUUUUAAAUGAUCCAUAAAAAGAAUCAUUGGUUAAAGAAGACUAUACAAAAUAUGCUCUAGGAUCUGAAGAUCAGAGUACUUCUCAAAAAAAAAAAGUAUAGUUUAGUGAUAUCAAAAAUUAAUCUCCUUCAAGUAAUUCAUUUUAAAAUAAAGAAAUUGAGUAGACUCUAAAAAUUAAUAAUUCAAAAUCACCUUAUUAGCGUUAUUUUAAUUAAGAAUUUGCUCAGUAAAAUGAUAGUAAUGAUGAAGAAGAAAAUUAAUAGGAAAAAUAAAAUGAAUCAGAUCAAGAAGACCAAAUUCAAAACUAAUAAAUCGAUAUUGAUUCUCCACCAUUAUUAAAGUCAAAUUAAAUCUAAGAUAUUAGAUAAUAUAUAAAAGAAUAAGAGUAAUAUUUAUAAAAAUUAGAGUAAUAAAGAAUCAAUACAAAGAUGAAAAUUAAGGAAGAGGAAUCAAACUUAGUCUAAUCAUAUUAAAAUACAAGAAAGUAGCAAUUUUCUAAAUAACCAAUCCCAGAGGAAUCAGAAAAUGAGUCUUCUUAUUAAUAAUCACCAUCUUAAGCGAAUUUAGAAAAUGAUAGUGAUAGAUAUUAAAAAUCUUCUUUGUAAUAAUCUUAAUUGUAAAAUUAAAAUUAGACAAGUCCUGAAACGUAAAAUCUUUAAAAAAGUUCUUAUUUAGAAACAAUUGAUAAUUUUGAUCCUUAGGAUGUUAUGGGAUAGUUUUUAUAACCUAAAAAAACUGGAAAUAAUUAGAAUUAGAAUAAAUAAUUAUCUUUAUUUGCUGAUCCACAAUCCUCAUAAAAACAAACAAUGUCAAGUUAAUAAAAAUAAUCUUAAUUUGUAACUUUAUAAUAAAUGAAUUCAGCAAAUUCAGAUCUAAAUUAUUCUCAAAGUGAAAUUAAGAAUGUUACUUCUCCAAUAAAAAAUUAUGAAUAUUAAUAAUCCCCUCUUCUUAUUGUGUAAUAGCAAGAAUCUUCUUUAAAGAAAGACUCAAUAGAUUCUGAAUAAAUAAAAUAAUCACUUUAGUAAUCUUCAGAUUAAUUAUAAGAUUUAGUAUAGUAAGAAUAUGAAGAAACAUUAGGAGAAAUAUUUUAAUAGAGAAAAGCUAUAUUAGCAAAGAAAAUUGAAAAAAGGUAAGAUUAAAAAGUUUUUGAAAAAGGUGGAAAGACUAAAGAUGAACUAAUAUAAAUUAGAAAGGAAAUGUUAAAGAGUAAGAGAUAAGUAGAGAAAGAAAAAUAAGUUUAAGAGGAAUAACAAUUAGAAACUUUAGAAUAAGAAUUAAAACCAAUGGAAUAAUAAGAAGAUAAAAGAAAUUAAUUAAUGAAAAGAUUAUCAACAGGAGAAAAAGUUAAGGUUGAUAAAAAAGAGAUGAAAGAAUUAACAAACAAAAAUUAUGAAUAGUUACCUGAAGUAAAGAAAAAGAAAGAUGAACAAGAAAAAAAUGAGAGCAUUAAAUCAAGAAAAUAAAAAGUUAAAGAAAUGGAUUAGAAACAUAGGGAAACUAUGAAAUAAAGAAGAUAAUAAUGUUCUUGA